AUGGAUGCCUUUGAAUACAAUCCUAAUCCCGGCCGGGUCGUCUUCGGCAGCGGAACCCUGCAAAAGCUGCCGGAGGAGAUUACUCGCCUGCAGGUCAAGGCGCCGUUGGUGUUGUCCACUCCCCAGCAGAUCAGUCAGGCCGAGAGCGUCAAGAGCGUGCUCCAAGGCCAGGUAGCCGGCAUCUUCAGCGAGGCGACGAUGCAUACCCCGACUCAUAUCACCGACAAGGCGCUUGAGUAUGCCCGAGCGCAGGGUGCCGACGCGGUGAUCUCAAUUGGUGGUGGGAGUACGAUUGGUCUCGGCAAGGCGAUCAGCAUCCGGACCGGACUGCCGCAUAUUUGCAUCCCGACGACCUAUGCGGGCAGUGAAAUGACGCCGAUUCUAGGCGAGACGGCCGACGGAUUGAAGAAGACGCGCUCUGAUCCAAAGAUCUUGCCGGGGACGGUCAUCUACGAUGUCGACUUGACCAUGACACUGCCGGCAGCCAUGAGUGCCACUAGUGGUGUCAAUGCUAUUGCUCAUGCUGUCGAGGCUCUCUAUGCUCGCAACACCAACCCGAUUAUCACGAUGAUGGCCAUUGAAGGCACUCGGGCUCUCGCAUCGGCUCUUCCCGAAAUCGUCGAGAACCCUUCUUCUCAAUCGGCCCGAUCCAAGGCUCUCUAUGGCGCUUGGCUGUGUGGCACCUGCCUUGGUAGCGUGGGCAUGUCCAUCCAUCACAAGCUAUGCCACACGCUGGGCGGAAGCUUCAAUCUUCCUCAUGCGGAGACUCACACGGCUGUACUCCCUCAUGCCAUCUCCUAUAAUGCGCCUAACAUCCCCGAGGCGAUGAAGCAAUUGGCAGAUGCGCUGCCGGACAGCCAGGGCGACGCGAUUCAUGGCCUUAACGUCCUGCUGGCCAAGCUCAAAGUCAAACGUGGCUUGAAGGACUAUGGAAUGAAGGAGGAAGAUAUUGACAAGGCUGCGGAUAUCGCCGUCUCAAACCCCUACUGGAAUCCUCGUGCGAUCGAACGGACGCCCAUCCGGGAGUUGAUCCGCCGCGUCUGGGCGGGAGAGCCGGCCAGCGCCAACUUGUAG